UCUCCACGCCGCCCGGAGCGGGCGACUGGGACCCGUCCGUUCGGGACUCCGUCGCCAUGGCCGCCGCCUCCUCCUCCUCGUCGUCGCUGCCACGGCUCGCGACCCUCGACAGCGACUCGUACGCCGAGGUGACGCAGUACCGCGACCAGCACUUCAAGGGCAGCCGUACGGAGCAGGAGGAGCUUCUGAGGAGGAGCUGCACGCUGUACGUGGGGAACCUGUCGUUCUACACCACCGAGGAACAGAUUCACGAGCUCUUCGUCAAAUGCGGCGACAUCAAGCGCAUCAUCAUGGGCCUUGACAAGGUCAAGAGGACCUCCUGUGGGUUCUGCUUCGUCGAGUACUACAUCCGCUCGGAUGCGGAGAACGCCCUACGUUACGUGAACGGCACGCGGCUGGAUGACAGGAUCAUCCGAACGGACUGGGACGCGGGAUUUAAGGAGGGCCGCCAGUUCGGCCGUGGCAAGAGUGGAGGCCAGGUACGAGACGAGUACCGGACAGACUAUGACCUCGGCCGUGGUGGCUACGGGAAGAUUGCCCAAGUGCAAACCAUACAGGAUCGCGGCGGCAUGAUUUUCUAGAGUUUGAAAUUACAACAAACUACGCAAAGCAUAAGUCAAGUAAACCAGGGGACACCAGAACAUGUCAGGGCAUGUAUGCAUACCUAUGAAUCAAACAAAAUGAGGGCAUUUUUAAAAUUACAUUUUUAUUAAACUUCAUGCGCUCAAAUUUCGAUUUAAAGCUUUCGUGACUGCAGGGAUUCAUCUUCUUGGUUCUUUCGGUAAAGUCACGUAGUAGGGAAGUAAUAAAAUAAUAAAAAUAUAACAUAAUAAAACAAUUCUCACGACGUUUCGGCCACAACGCAAGCAGCCGUCCUCAGGUGAAGAACAUGUCUGUCGAUAAGACAGAGUCUGAAUGACACGUCCUAGGCUUGGAGCGUCUAUUUAAGCUGUGAGGGAGGAGGAAGAGCGCCUUGACAAAAGAAUUUGCAUAUGAAGAGGAAUUUAGCAUAUUUAUGGGAAAUGCAGGAAUGCGAAUAGUGCUAAUUGUGAAAUGCGUGGGAGGUGGGCGGGGGGUUUUCAAAGUCAUAUUAUGCCCAUGCAUUAUGCAGGAUUAGCAGCAUCAAAGGGAGGGGGCAGGGGCAGCACCAACAAAGGGAAGGAUGUGAAUAGUAUGCAGCUGCAGCAACCAAACAACCACGUAAAAAACUAAAGUAUAAACUUUAUAGUAUCAUCAGUAUGCCAAAUACACUCUCAAUAAGCUGAGCUACCAACCGUAAGUAAUACAUUACAAUUCUAGGUCGCAAAAAAUAUGAUCUGCUUCCAGCUAAACUUUUUAAACUUUUUCCUUACAUCACACGGGUCUAUCCCACACUAUAUGCUGCCAUAGACAAACCCAACACCAAAUUGUAUACUGUAUUACUAUACACUACCCUAUGUCUUAGAAUAAUACAUAGCCUAGGACGUGUCAUUCAGACUCUGUCUUAUCGACAGACAUGUUCUUCACCUGAGGACGGCUGCUUGCGUUGUGGCCGAAACGUCGUGAGAGUUGUUUUAUGUUUUAUUUUUAUUAUUUUAUUACUUCCCUACUACGUGACUACCGAAAGAACCAAGAAGAUUCAUGCGCUCAAUUAAAUUUCUUGAAAGUCCACACAAUGUUCAAAGGUGAUGUAAUUUUUAUUUUAUUAAAAUGUGUUUAUUUGUUUAGGUUCUACAUUGAAACAUUGGUCCUGGCAGUCGACGAUGAAUGUGUAAAACACAUUAUGAUAAACUUAGACGAUUUUUAUUACAUAUUAAACAUCCUAGUUGGCCUUUGCAAAAAUGACUCGCUCAGAAUAAUUGACCAAAUAAUCUGUAGAUGUGGAUAACUACAAAGACGUGCACAUUUACACAUGCACCGGUGAACAAGAGAUCGAGAAGUUGAAGAAGCAUCAUCAGGGGGAGCAGCUUGAUGCUGCACUGAGACACUGCACUAUGAAUCUGGCAGCCUGAGCUUGAUUCCUGUCCAUGGCUAACAUCAGUGGCGAGUGGUAUUGGAACAGGAUUUUGGGCUGUAACCCCCUUUGCCAACCCUCACUGACCAGUUUGGUGAAGUACGGUCAAACAACCCCCCACAUGACCAGCACAGUUGUGAUGUCUUCAGCAGUGCAUUGGCAGUCGCUGAACUUUUUUUCAAUUACAGAAUGGAGAAUGCAUGUGGAUAAUUGGCCAUGUUUCCCAAUAUAACGUUGUGAUUUAAAUGGUAAAGGUGGAGAAGCAUGAGCAUCCCUUGUGCAUACAGCCUGUGCAAGUGGUGCAGGGCAGCACCUGAAUAACCUGCAGCCGUUGCUGCCAAGGGCAGGGCUUGAUGCAGGGGUUCCCGGACUCCCUCACCAUGGUACAGAUAUCCCGUGAUUUACGAAAGGAAUGCGUUCUUCAAAAAGACUCGUAAUACAAAAUUUCGUAAAUCGCAACGACUUUUACCAUUAACUUAAAACUAAAAAUGAUAGGUGUUUCGGACAGCCAUUCAAACUGUACCCCGAACUCUACUCCUAACCUAAAAACACACCCCUAUAUAUCUUUUCACAAUACAUAAAUAAUAACUAAUAAGAAAACGAUUGAAUAAUUUAAAGCAAAAAUAACCUCUUCAGGGAACUCGCGCAAAAAAUGUUGGAAUGACUGGAAAGGCGAUGUGGAGGCAUCGCUGUGUCAUUGAAGGGACACCAUGACACCAGCAGAUGGAUGGCGCAGCCUUCCGGGUGCUUGUCUGAUGAUCUCGUGGCGCGUGCUGUGACAUUUUGUUAAUGCUGAAAUUCGAUUUCGUUAAUUGAAUAAUAUCCAUAAUGUGUCAAAUGCGUUCAAGCUAAAUUCCAUAAAACGAAUGCUCGUAAACCCAGGGAUACCUGUACAUUCUUCCGAGUUUACCCCCUUUAAAAUAAAAAUUUAUCAUGCUUAAUUUCAAAACACGUCAAGUGGGACACUGAGACAUGAUUUAUAUCAAUUUGAAUCGGUACUAGAUAACGUGGAAUGUGUUUCGCUAUCGAGGCGUGUGACACGCGCAUCUAUGUAAUAUGUAUUUGAAAGAAGGUGAAUCGGUAAACAUGGAAAAACACCGCUGUGGUGGGUGGCCAAACCCUGGCCCAGGUGCUUCACGUUGCUGGCUCCUUACCUGGAUAAUCCAACCUGUCGGGUGCUUCAGAGGCUGAAGCAAAUCUCUGCAGCCCAUAUUGGACCUGCGUUGACUAUGCUCGCGUGCAGUGUGUAAAUACAGAAUGCGAGUUGUAUUGAUUUGUGUCCCUCUUCCACAUUAAACAUGUACAAUUUUGUUAA